GGACACGAGCGGGGCCGGUAGUAGGGACGGUUUGUAGCUAGUUACCCUGUUAGCUUUAAACAAUAGCCUGUGAAUAUUCUUUAUAACUCUCUCUGUAGCGUUCAGGGAUUAUAAAAACGUACACGGUAGUAUUCUUUAAAACAUAAACCGUACUGAGUUAUUACUCUGCUGCCCUCGGUUCUGUUGAGAAAACGCAAAUUAGAAAUGUUAGCGUUAGCCGUUAGCUAGGAGCGUAGUCGAUGGACAGUGAGUUCACGGCAUGCAUAGAAUGAAUGAGUGAAUUAACGGACAGUUUAUAGGUUUGACAGAUUGAGAAAAGCAUUAAUUAACGACAACGUAGAGCCAUGGCUACUGGUGCGGAUGUCAGGGAUAUUCUGGAGCUGGGCGGAGGAGAAAAUGACGGUCCCAUCAGCAAGAAAGACCUCAUCAACUCAGACAAGAAAAAAACCAAGAAGGCGACAGAGACGCUGACCUUCAAGAGACCAGAGGGGAUGCACAGAGAGGUCUACGCUCUGCUCUAUUCAGAUAAGAAAGACGCUCCUCCCCUGCUGCCCAGUGACACGACUCAAGGCUACAGGACAGUCAAAGCCAAGCUCGGCUGUAAAAAGGUUCGUCCCUGGAAGUGGAUGCCCUUCACGAAUCCAGCUCGCAGGGACGGAGCCAUUUUCCACCACUGGAGACGAGUGGCAGAGGAGGGCAAGGACUAUCCUUUUGCUCGCUUUAACAAGACAGUGCAGGUACCGGUGUACUCAGAGCAGGAGUAUCAAAUGCAUCUCCAUGACGACGGCUGGACUAAAGCGGAGACAGACCACCUGUUUGACCUGUGCAAGCGCUUUGACCUGCGCUUCAUCGUUGUCCACGACCGCUACGACCACCAGCAGUACAGAAAACGCUCUGUGGAAGAUCUGAAAGAACGAUAUUAUAAUAUUUGUGGCAAACUGACUAAGGUCCGCGCAGCAUCAGGAACAGAGCCCAAGAUCUACAUCUUUGAUGCGGGACACGAAAGACGGCGUAAAGAGCAGCUGGAGAAGCUCUUCAAUCGCACCCCAGAACAAGUGGCAGAAGAGGAGUAUCUUAUUCAGGAGCUCAGGAAGAUUGAGACAAGGAAGAAGGAGCGCGAGAAGAAAGCUCAGGAUCUGCAGAAGCUCAUCAAAGCAGCGGACACGACGACAGAGCUGAGGCGAGCCGAGAAGAGGGUUUCCAAGAAGAAGCUCCCGCAGAAAAGAGAAACAGAAAAACCGGCUGUUCCAGAAACAGCUGGCAUCAAGUUCCCCGACUUCAAAUCAGCAGGAGUCACACUGCGCAGUCAGAGGAUGAAACUGCCAAGCUCGGUAGGCCAGAAGAAGAUCAAGGCCAUUGAGCAGAUCCUGAUAGAGCAAGGAGUGGAUCUCAACCCGAUGCCCACCGAGGAGAUCGUACAGAUGUUCAACGAGCUCCGCAGUGACUUGGUGCUGCUGUAUGAGUUGAAGCAGGCCCACAGCAAUUGUGAGUACGAACAACAGAUGCUGCGUCACCGCUACGAGGCUCUACUGAAGGCCGGCAGCGGGGGAGCGUGUGGCGGAGCCGCAGGGGCCGGACCGACUGCUGCACCGCAGGGUGGAGAACUCAACGCCACAAACAGCACCACGGCCUCCACCCCAGGGGGCGAAGCUCAGUCCUGGCCCAGCGCAGACGACAUCAAGGUGGAAGCCAAGGAGCAGAUCAUCGAUGUUGUUGGAGCACCACUGACCCCAAACUCACGCAAACGGAGGGAGUCGGCAUCCAGCUCGUCUUCAGUGAAAAAGGUGAAGAAGCCUUGAUGAGCGUGGCAGCUACACUGGAAGACGGGGGGAGGGGGGGGGACGUGGUGCUUAUUGUGAUCACAGUGGAGAUGCCAGUGAGUGUUACAGCCGGGCAACGGAGACGCAACUGAGCCGAACAUCAUAUUUUCUGUUUACGUAGAAGCACCGCCGACUACACAGACACAACACACAACUUUUCACCUGCUAACGAGACCUCCGCAGACCCUCCCCACCUCGCCUGCCCGGCAUCGCCGUGACAAAAGGCGACGACUGAGUGACAUUUCAUUCCAUUACUGCUCGUCUCCCUGCCUCCGCCACUGCUCGGCCUUAGAUGAGGCAAGAUCAACUGUAAAUUGCCAGGCUGAGCUAAUCGGGACACGGGGAAGAAGGUGGGAAUGACUGGGUAAUUGAAAUGAAUCGGAAUGAAAGAACAGACUGUGGGAGUGGGAGGACCUCGAUGCUCAUUUGACCCAUCUGAGGGGUUUUUUGUAGCCUAAUCAUGCCAUAGUGUUUACUGGAAAUGUGUUUUUGUGUUAGCCUGUAGUGGCGGCUCCCCUCUCGGCCAGGAGUGCAUUUCGUUCUCUCGCGGAUGCCUCUUCCAUCUGCUGCCCUUCUUUGUGUGGGACGAGUGGGGCUGAUUUGUGUUGUUUGUCCUCAGGUGACCUUGAAGAUGCUUUAGUUGGUGAUUCAAUAAAUCUCAGUUGUUGUUUUUUUUUUCUUA